UUUCUCUCUUCUAAAUCAAAUACACUCAUUCAACAAAACAUUUAAUAUGUAAAACCCCUAAAUCUCAAUCUUCGUCGUCUUUCUUCCCCGCACCGGCGCACAGACUCACCAAACACAGAUUUUCCCCUUCUCUGGUAGUACUGUUCAACCGUGUACUGUCUGUUAAGGAUAGCAAUAAACUACUUGUUGCUUCACUGAAGAUACAGUCAUCUAUUGAUCUCCAGCGUCACCGCAAACACACCAACACACAUUUCGUUAUUUGCAUCUUUCGAGGUCAUUUUGAAAGUUGUGUUAGACGGCAGAGAAGUCAAAUCCGUUCUUAUCCUAACCUAAUCCGCUUAAGCGCUGCACAGACUCAUCAAACUCGUUGUGACUGCAGCUGCACAGAUUUUCCUCUUCUCUGGUUGUUGCUUUGAUAACUUGAACAAAAACAAACAGUGCCUUUGCGAGAACGCGCGUUUGGUUUCAAUUCAAUGGCAGGAGGUAAAGCGAAGAAGGAAAAGGGGAAGCCCCAUCAGCAGCAGAAGCACAUGCCCUACCAGGGCGGAAUAUCGUUCCACAAAUCAAAGGGUCAGCACAUUCUCAAGAACCCCUUGCUCGUCGAUUCCAUUGUGGAGAAGGCCGGCGUCAAGAGCACCGACGUCAUCCUCGAGAUCGGUCCCGGGACCGGUAACUUGACGAAGAAGCUUCUCGAAGCCGGCAAGAAGGUCAUCGCCAUCGAGAUCGAUCCCCGGAUGGUUCUCGAGCUCCAGAGACGGUUCCAGGGUACCCCUCACUCCAAUCGCCUCACGGUUAUCCAAGGUGAUGUGUUGAAGACUGAACUUCCUUAUUUUGACAUUUGUGUUGCAAACAUUCCCUACCAAAUAUCUUCUCCUCUCACAUUCAAGUUACUCAAGCACGAACCUGCUUUUAGGGCUGCAAUCAUAAUGUUCCAGAGAGAAUUUGCCAUGAGACUGGUUGCUCAGCCUGGUGAUAAACUAUAUUGUCGUCUCACAGUCAACACUCAACUACAUGCUCGAGUCUUCCACCUCCUCAAAGUUGGAAGAAACAACUUCAGGCCCCCUCCCAAGGUGGAUUCCUCUGUGGUGCGAAUUGAGCCCAGGAAACCCCGUAUUGAAGUUAAGCAAAAGGAGUGGGAUGGGUUUUUGCGGAUUUGUUUUAACAGGAAGAACAAAACACUUGGUUCGAUAUUUAGGCAGAAGAGCGUGAUCUCCUUGCUUGAAAAAAACUACAGGACUGUGCGGGCACUGGAACUCGGGCAAGAAGAUUCACUGAAGGAAGUGGAUGCUAAAAUGGACUUCUCUAGUUUUGGUGAUGAUCAAGGUAUGGAGAUGGAUGAUGAUGGAGCAGAUGAUGAUGAAAUGGAAGUUGAGGAUGGGGAAGCAGAUGAGGUGCAAUCUGAAUUCAAGGACAAGGUUUUGGGUGUUCUGAAAGAGGGAGAUUUUGAAGAGAAAAGGUCAUCCAAGCUCACAUUGCAGGAAUUCCUAUACCUGCUUUCUCUGUUUAACAAAGCUGGCAUACACUUCUCUUGAUUUUAGAUUAUCAAUUUUCUCAAUAGUUUCUUCCAUAUUUAAAUCUACACUAUUCUUUCAAUAGGCUUAUCAUUAUUCAGAAGUUUUCCAAGAGAGAGUGAUAUCAGAAACUGUUAACUAUUUAUGCAUUGUAUUUUGUUGAGCUCCAUCGUGGAUGUAUACUACUCUAUAUAUUCUUUAGCAGGUUUGAUUAUGUGGUUCUUUUAUUGCUUUACGAGGAUCUGCAUUUGCAACUUACUGUACGGUGUUUGCAAAUGCUUAAUGAUGUUACCAUUUUCUCUUUUUGAUG